CCUUGAUCUUCGAAGACUCGUAUGAAUCAUUCCGUGCUAAUCCAUGUAUCAAAAACUAUUCCUCGCUCGAGAGUUAACCAAGUGCUAAUGUCCCAGCUGCAUUCAGCAACGGGGGCUAAACCUCUCGGGGCCCGUCACUUCUCCACUCACCCUACCGUGACCAUUUGGGGUGGCGAAGCCAUCUCGCAUUCCUUACGAUCCAGUCCUUCCAACUCGGUCUUUGUGGCUCUUCAACCACUGAAGAAUGCCGCCGCUGUCAAACGCCACUUUGGCCGAUCCGCUUCAAGCUACAAGAACUCCAUGUUGAUGAGAGAUCGCGAUCCCAAUGACGAUCCUGCCGAUCACCCGCCCCCCGCUUCAUCAGGUGAUGGCGCUGCGAACGGAGGCGACGGACACGGACGAAGUGAUAACGGCAACAACGGUCAUGGUGAUGAUAAGCCUUCGUCUGGCUCGUUCAAUGUGAUUGAUAAUCAACUACAAAAACCAUCGGUGCCCGAAGUAUAUCCCCAAGUGCUGGCCUUACCCAUCGCUCGUCGACCACUCUUUCCCGGAUUCUAUAAAGCCGUCGUCGUGAAAGAUCCUAAUGUGACGGCCGCUAUCAAAGAGUUGCUGAAACGUGGCCAACCUUACGUUGGCGCCUUUUUGCUCAAGGACGAGGAUUUGGACGUCGACCGAAUUACUAGCAUGGACCAAGUUCAUCCCGUGGGUGUGUUUGCUCAGAUCACCAGUGUAUUUCCAGCGAGUGCAGGAAAGGAUGGGAACAAGGAGGAUGCUGGCUUGACCGCCGUGUUGUAUCCCCAUCGGAGAAUCAAGAUGACGAAGCUACUGCCUAUGGCGGAGACUGGUCACACCACAGCCUCCGUUGAAGCUGAAGAAGCAUUAAGGCCCGAAGAAGACCAUGUAUCAGAGCAACACAAUCCGGCUAAGAAGGAGGAAUUACACCCAGAAGAACGUUUAAGCAGUGAAUCAGUAUCUGAAGCUCAAAAGGGAGCAGAAGAAGGUCUUCAUGGCGGUGGUGAUACGCAAUAUGCCACUUCAUUCUUAGCAAACGAUUACGCGGUCUCGGUGGCCAACGUGGAAAAUUUGGAGGAUCUGCCUUACUCAAAGAAGAGCUCACUUGUGCGUGCUGUCACUUCGGAAAUUGUUGCGGUGUUCAAGGAUAUCGCUUCGCUUAAUCCACUUUUCAGAGAUCAGAUCGCCAGUUUUUCCAUGUCGCAAUCCGCUGGCAACGUGUUUGAGGAACCCGCCAAAUUGGCCGAUUUUGCUGCGGCCGUCUCGGCUGGUGAACCACUCGAGUUGCAAGAAGUGCUUGAAACAUUGCCCGUGGAGGAGCGUUUGCAAAAGGCGUUGCUCGUCCUGAAAAAGGAAUUGAUGAAUGCCCAAUUGCAGAACAAGAUUUCCAAGGAAGUCGAAAGCAAGAUCGCCAAACGUCAACGCGAAUACUAUUUGAUGGAACAGCUCAAGGGUAUCAAGAAGGAGUUGGGAUUGGAAAGUGACGGCAAGGAUAAACUUGUCGAAGGAUUCAAGGAGAAGGCAACGAAACUGGCGAUGCCUGAAAGCGUGAAGAAAGUGUUUGACGAGGAAAUCAACAAGUUGGCGCAUCUUGAACCGGCCGCUUCUGAAUUCAAUGUGACGCGUAAUUACCUUGACUGGCUUACUCAGGUUCCCUGGGGUCAGCGAUCGCGCGAAAACUACAACUUGAUUCACGCUAAACGAGUGCUUGACGAAGAUCAUUAUGGAUUGAAGGAUGUGAAGGAUCGUAUUCUGGAAUUCAUCGCUGUCGGCAAACUUCGAGGCUCGGUCGAAGGUAAAAUUCUCUGUCUCUCUGGUCCACCUGGUGUGGGUAAGACAUCCAUUGGUAAAAGUAUUGCUCGCGCUUUGGAUCGUGAAUUUUACCGCUUUUCCGUCGGUGGAUUGACGGAUGUGGCUGAGAUCAAGGGCCAUCGUCGUACCUAUGUCGGUGCCAUGCCAGGCAAAGUGGUUCAAGCGUUGAAGAAGGUGCAAACCGAAAACCCGCUGAUUCUCAUUGACGAAAUUGACAAGGUCGGUCGUGGUCAUCAGGGCGAUCCUUCAUCGGCAUUGCUUGAAUUGCUGGAUCCCGAACAAAAUGGCAGCUUCCUGGAUCAUUACAUGGACGUUCCUGUAGACUUGUCCAAGGUGUUGUUUGUGUGUACUGCCAACGUCCUUGACACCAUACCCGGCCCAUUGCUUGAUCGUAUGGAAGUGAUUCAACUUUCUGGUUACGUCGCGGAAGAAAAGGCCGCCAUUGCCUCCAAGUACCUUGCACCGACUGCCAAGGCCGCCGCAGGUUUGGAACAUAUCAACGUCAAUCUCAGUCCUGAAGCGAUCGAUACGCUGAUCAAGAACUACUGUCGCGAAAGCGGAGUGCGUAAUCUGAAGAAACAAAUCGACAAAGUGUUCCGCAAAGCGGCCUAUCAAGUCGUGGAAAAGGUCGGAGAAAGCAAAUUCGAGCAACAGGAAGGCGACUCUCCAAAGGUGCUGUCAGCCGACAAACGAUCGAAUGACCCGGUCACAAACGAAAAAGCGGCUGAACAAGAAUCUCCCGAGAAGGAAAAGGGACAAGAAAAGACACAUGAAGAACGCAAAGCCCUGGAGGUACCGGAAGAUGUCAAGAUCGAUAUCACUCCCGACAACCUGAAAGACUACGUCGGCCCUGCCGUUUUCCAAUCCGAUAAAUUAUACGAUCAACCACCACCUGGUGUGAUUAUGGGCUUGGCUUGGACAAGCAUGGGUGGAUCAUCCUUAUACAUUGAGUCGGUUUUGGAAUCUUCACUGGGUCCCAAGUCCAGCCCUCACUUGUCAAAGACCGGUCAGCUUGGCGAUGUCAUGAAAGAAUCAACCACUAUUGCCUACACUUUUGCCAAAUCCUUAAUGGCCACGCGUUUCCCUGACAACAAAUUCUUUGAUAAAGCACGUGUCCAUUUGCAUUGUCCCGCAGGCGCUGUACCGAAAGAUGGACCUUCGGCUGGUGUGACCAUGGCGACUUCCUUGAUUUCCUUGGCACUGAACAAGGCCGUGAAUCCCAAUAUUGCCAUGACAGGUGAACUCACGGUGACAGGCAAGGUGCUUCAAAUCGGUGGAUUGAAAGAAAAGACCAUUGCCGCCAAACGAUCCAAUGUCAACACCAUCUUAUUUCCCAAGGAUAACCAAGCCGACUGGGAAGAACUGCCGGAUCACAUCAAGGAAGGUAUGACCGGUAUCCCGAUCAAUUACUACGAUGAGAUCUUCAAGAUCUGUUUUGGCGACGUCGAUCAAAAGGAAGCCAACGCUUUGUGGAGUGACAUGCUCAAGGAAGACGAUAAAGAUAAAGAAGACAAGAACAAAGAUUAAGCAAUAAUAUCUAGAAGCUUAUGUAUCCACAUUCAAUUUUUUUUCCUUCUACUACUGCAACGACUUGUCAAAAAUAGACCUGUAUCUUUAUAUUUGUUUUUUAGGUAUUUCCAUCCAACUUGUCCAUCACUUUAGAGAUGAAGACUUUGAUUUUCCCCCAUAAUCAUGACUUUUUCGAAUGAGAUAUCACGAUCAUGCAGAGGAAAAGUUAUAUGAUACAG